AACCGAGUGGAGUUGUCUGUGUCGAGCAGCGUUCGAGUCAGCUGCGCUGCGUUGGGCGGCCUCGUCCAAAUCGUCGCGGAAGUGUAUACGAAGCAAGGAAGGUCCGUGGUUUUUUCCUUCGCGGUCUUCGCUUUUCUUCGUUGGGUAACGGUAGCUGCGCCUUGGAAUCGAAACGGCGUCUUCCUGUCACUGACGUGCCACAUCCAAGUGCCGUUCUAACACAACGUGCUUUCUUGCGCACUACAUAGGCCGACACGAACGCCAGAUGGGCUGCGUACGACGACUAGGAGACGACCAGCGGUAGCUGCGAACGGGGGCCGGAGCGAUGCUGGACGGCAGCAGUGAGGUGAACCCCAACGGGUCGUGGCUCAACAGCCGGGGCAUCUGGCUGGGCUACUGCCUGGGCCUGCUGCUGCUCCACCUGGCCAUCCUGGGCUUCCCCUUUCUCACUGUCGCCUGGGCCUGGACCCUCACCAACCUCCUGCACAACGUGGCCAUGUUCUUCUUCCUGCACACACUCAAGGGCACGCCUUGGGAGUCUGCAGACCAGGGGAAGUCUCGCUUCCUCACUCAGUGGGAACAGAUCGACGACGAAAUGCAGUUCACGGCCACAAGGAAGUUCCUGACCGUGGUCCCAGUUGUUCUGUUCUUCCUGACAAGCUUCUACACCAAAUACGACUCGGUGCACUUUGCGGUGAACUUCUGCUCACUCAUGUUCGUCCUCAUCCCCAAGCUGCCGCAGUUCCACAAGGUCCGGCUCUUCGGGAUCAACAAGUAUUGAGCGACCGACGCACCGAGAGCGCCGGGGACGUGGCAACUGCUCGGCAGUCCCCAGCCUCUACUCAGGUCCCAUUGCCCCCCGUGCGUCUGGCCGCUGAAGCGCCGUGCACUAAUUGGCUUGGGCAGCAGUCAACGAUCGCAGAGCGGCGGUGUUUGGAACUCAGUCUUCCCGUCGUUGGAAGCAUUUUUUUUUCGACUGUGCCCAAUACUUUUUGGAGUUGUGUCGUCUCACAAUAAUCUGAGUCUUGGCAGUCGUUGGAGUGAAAUCUUGUUUGUUGUUAUUACUAUGGCUUAUAGAGGUAUUAGCAGUCGGUUUUUGUCUGCACAAGGCCCAGAGUUCUUCCUAGUGUUUUAGCUUCUGAGAUGAAGUGCAAGUCAACCGCAUGUAUUUGUUGUGGUAGGAUGUGGGCUUGGCUGUAUUAUGGCUUGAAAGGUUUGUGAUAAGAAAGUGCCUUCCUAUGAUUUAAUAAAUGGGAUCAUUCUGUAUG